AUGGAUGAACUCUUUGAUGUCUUUGAUGAUCAGUCAGCUGCCAGCAAAGCACCUCCCGAGAAGCGUACGCCCAGAAAAGAUAGAAAUAAAAAGCGCCUUGCAAAUGGUGAGCCCAAGGAUAUCGAUGGUCCUACGAAUGGCACCGUGGAUUCGCCUAUGCCAGAUGCGCAACCAGAGUCAGAUAACGAUGCAAAAGAGCUAAAUGGCAAUGUCCAACACAGUCCAAAGCGACAGAAGAAGGACCCUGAACCAGAACCGCUUGUCACUGAUACCUUUGAGACCGAACAAUCGCGAGAAGUCGCGGCAUCUGCUGGGCUUCAAGCCUCGAAAGAGGGCACUGCUGUUGUUCUAUCUCAUCAGGUCAGGCAUCAGGUUGCGUUGCCGCCUGAUUAUGAAUAUGUGCCCAUAUCAGAACACAAAGCACCAGAAACACCUGCAAGAACCUGGCCAUUCACGCUCGAUCCCUUUCAACAAGUCUCGAUCGCGUCUAUUGAAAGAGGCGAGAGUGUCCUUGUUUCUGCUCAUACGAGUGCAGGAAAGACUGUUGUUGCCGAAUAUGCUAUUGCACAAAGUCUGAAAAGCAAUCAAAGGGUCAUAUAUACCAGUCCCAUCAAGGCACUGAGUAAUCAGAAAUAUCGCGAGUUCAUGGCUGAAUUCGGUGAUGUAGGCCUUAUGACUGGGGAUGUUACAAUCAAUCCAACUGCAACUUGCCUCGUUAUGACCACGGAGAUUUUGCGCUCUAUGUUAUAUAGAGGUUCUGAGAUCAUGCGUGAAGUCCAAUGGGUCAUCUUCGACGAGAUCCAUUAUUUAAGAGAUAAGUCACGAGGUGUUGUCUGGGAAGAAACCAUCAUACUCCUCCCAGACAAAGUUCGCUAUGUCUUUCUUUCGGCAACAAUACCAAAUGCGAUGCAGUUCGCAGAGUGGAUCACGAAAACACAUAAUCAGCCUGUGCACGUGGUAUAUACUGACUUCCGACCCACUCCUCUACAACACUAUUUCUUCCCUGCCGGUGCAGAUGGAAUCCAUUUGAUCGUAGAUGAGAAGGGCAACUUUCGUGAAGAGAACUUUAACAAGGCGAUGGCAACAAUAGCAGAGAAGGCGGGAGACAAUCCAAACGAUGCAGAGGCGCGGCGAAAAGGGAGAGGUAAGAAUAAGAAGCUCAACAAAGGCGGGACGAAAGGCCCUUCAGACAUUUACAAAAUUGUGAAGAUGAUUAUGAUGAAAAGCUACAACCCAGUCAUUGUUUUCAGUUUCAGCAAGAAUCAAUGCGAAGCAUAUGCCUUGCAAAUGAGUAAUCUUACCUUCAAUGAUCCCACGGAGAAGGCGAUGGUAGACAAAGUUUUCAAUAGUGCUCUUGACAUGUUGAAUGAAGAGGACAAAAAGCUACCGCAGAUUCAAAAUAUCCUGCCUCUGUUAAAACGUGGUAUUGGGAUACAUCAUUCGGGGCUGCUACCAAUUCUGAAGGAGACCAUUGAGAUCCUUUUUCAGGAGGGACUCAUCAAAGUGCUCUUCGCCACGGAAACGUUCUCUAUUGGUUUGAAUAUGCCUGCAAAAACAGUUGUCUUUACGAGUGUACGGAAAUUUGAUGGCGUCACACAACGAUGGGUCACGCCGUCAGAGUUCGUUCAGAUGUCUGGUCGCGCUGGUAGACGUGGUAUAGAUGAACGUGGUAUUGUCAUCAUGAUGAUUGAUGAGAAAAUGGAACCUUCCAUAGCCAAAGACAUUGUCCGGGGAGAGCAAGACAAGCUCAACUCUGCCUUCUAUCUGGGCUACAAUAUGAUACUCAAUCUCAUGAGGGUGGAAGGCAUCUCGCCAGAAUUUAUGUUGGAGAGAUGCUUUUACCAAUUCCAGAAUACAGCCAGUGUAUCUGGCUUGGAAAAAGAGUUGCAUGAUCUAGAGGUCCAGAGAUCAGAAAUGCAGAUAUCGGAGGAGUCAACGAUCAAAGAAUAUUACGAUUUACGAGCACAACUGAACACAUAUUCCAAAGACAUGCGAGACAUUAUCAAUCAUCCUAACUACAGCAUACAGUUCAUGCAGUCUGGUAGGCUAGUACGAAUAAAACACAUGGACUUCGACUUUGGUUGGGGAGCUAUAGUAAAUUACACGCGCAGGAGUCUUGAGCGAGGGCAAAAGCUUGAUGAUGUACCGCCCCAACAAAUGUACGUAUUAGAUGUGCUUCUGCAAGUCGCUGACAAUUCUUCAAUUGGAACAAAGACGCACGAUGAGCUACCUCCAGGCGUACGUCCUGUGGCAAGAGGCGAGAAGGGAAAGAUGGAAGUCGUCCCGAUAUUGCUGUCUUGCGUUGAAUCAAUAGGUCACAUCAGGAUCUUUUUACCCUCUGACCUAAAAUCUACUGAUCAGAGAAACUCGGUUCGCAAGUCUCUCGACGAAGUGAAGCGGCGCUUCCCGGAUGGAAUCGCGGUCCUAGACCCAAUCGAAAACAUGGGCAUCACAGACGCUGCGUUCAAAAAAUUGCUCAGAAAAAUUGAGGUUCUAGAGUCGCGAUUACUUGCGAAUCCACUUCACAAUUCGCCACGCCUCCCUAAUCUCUAUGAUCAAUACGCUGAAAAGGUCGUCAUAUCUGACAAGAUCAAAGCGGUCAAACGGAAGAUCACCGAAGCACUUUCUAUCAUGCAACUUGAUGAGUUGAAAUGUCGAAAACGCGUGUUACGACGUUUUGGCUUCAUCAACGAUGCAGAAGUUGUCCAGCUCAAAGCUCGUGUAGCAUGUGAAAUUUCGACUGGCGAUGAAUUGCUCCUCAGUGAAUUGCUCUUCGAUGGCUUCUUCAAUGAGCUCACGCCAGAACUGUGUGCAGCGGUGCUGAGUUGCUUCAUCUUUGAGGAAAAGUCCGAAGCACCAGCACUCAAAGAAGAGCUGGCUAAACCUUACCGUGAGAUACAAGCUAAGGCUAGAAUCGUUGCACGCGUCUCUCAAGAGAGCAAGUUGCCUCUGGUUGAAGAUGAGUAUGUGCAAACGUUCAAACAUCAGCUGAUGGAUGUCGUCUAUGCCUGGUCGCAUGGCAAGACCUUCGCAGAAAUCUGUAAAAUGACGGACGUUUACGAAGGUAGCUUAAUCCGCUUGUUCAGAAGGCUCGAGGAGCUACUGAGGCAGACUGCUCAGGCUGCAAAGGUCAUGGGGAACUCGGAACUUGAAAAGAAAUUUGAAGAAUCUUUGAACAAGAUCCGAAGGGACCUGGUCGCCGCCCAGAGUCUGUACCUAUAG